AAAACCUAGGGAGUUUUCGCUUGGUUCGUUUUAGACAUACGAAGGAAUCUGUCACUGUCAGUUGUUAUUCAGGUAAAAAGACUACUCUCUUUUAAUGAGAUAUUACCGAUUUUUCAAAAAAACAUGUUCUGAAAUUUGAGGUUAGUAUCAUUUUUUAAAGCAUGUCGAGUCGUGAAGGAGGUAAGAAAAAACCCCUCAAACAACCUAAAAAAGAACAGAAGGAGAUGGAUGACGACGACCUGGCCCACAAACAAAAACUGAAGGAGCAGCAAAAAGCGCUACAAGAGGCCAAAGCACGAGCGUCUCAAAAGGGGCCCAUGGUCGGUGGUGGCAUCAAAAAGUCCGGCAAAAAGUGACACAUUCUGAAUCAACAAUCAUUAAUGUUAAUUUUGUAAAAUAAACAGUUUCAUUGCCCCCAA